GUCAAGAUAUCAUCCCACACACACACAUUGUUAUUUGCCAAUGUUCCAGCUGAUAGUUACCCCAGAAACAGCUCUUGCUGAUGAGCCAUUGUACAUCAGAGCAACUGGACUUAACCCUUUUCAGAUGGUAACCUUCAAAGCAUCACUGACAGAUGAAAAAGGGAAGCUCUUCCAGUCUCGAGCCUUCUAUAAAGCUGAUGAGGAUGGCAGUGUUAACCUAGAAAAAGCAGCUGCUCUUGGGGGUGACUAUAUGGGCAUCCAUCCCAUGGGUCUCUUUUGGUCCUUGAAGCCUGUGAAUCCAUUUCGGCGACUAUUGAAGCAGGAUGUAAUGAACAGCCCCUUUUACAUACAACUUGACCUCUAUGAUUCCGUUGUCUUGGAGGAUUCUCCUGAGGUUCAACCAAAAGCUAGCCAGGUGAUAGAACGUUGGUUCUCAAGCCCUGGGCUACAGCGGAUCCCAAUUAGAGAAGGCAGAGUUCGAGGAGCCUUUUUUCUCCCUCCAGGAGAAGGCCCUUUCCCAGGGGUAAUUGAUUUAUUUGGUGGAAUUGGUGGCCUGGUUGAAUUUCGAGCCAGUCUUUUGGCAAGCCAUGGUUUUGGUGUAUUGGCUUUGGCCUAUUUUGCCUAUGAAGACCUACCCAGCAACUUAGUGGAAGUAGACCUGGAAUAUUUUGAGGAAGCUGCCAAUAUGUUGAUGCACCACCCAAAGAUCCACAAAUCGGGGAUUGGGGUGAUCUCAGUAUGUAAAGGUGCAGAGAUUGGGCUGGCCAUGGCAGUGCAUCUGAAACAAAUUAUAGCCACCAUCUGUAUCAAUGGGACCAAUGCCAUCCAUGAGACUCAGUGCAAAUACAGGGAUCUUGUCAUCAAUCCUAUCCCCCACCAGAAGGAGUACAUUCAGAUACAUGUAUCAGGGGCAGUAAAUUUUCGUCACAUCAAGGGAGACCCUCAAGCUGAAGUCAACCAACAGAGUGUCCUUCAGGUAGAAAAGGCCCAAGGCCAUAUUUUAUUCAUUGUAGGAGAGAAAGAUGAAUGUCUCAAUAGCAAAGCUUAUGCUGAACAAGCAAUGGAACAGCUGAGGAGACAUGGCAGAAGCAAUGGGACUCUGCUUUUCUACCCUGGCGCUGGCCACCUGAUAGAGCCUCCCUAUUCCCCAUUGUGCUUUGCUUCCUGGAACCCCUUUUUCUCAAGGCCCCUUCUGUGGGGAGGUGAUAUUGGCUACCAUGCAGUAGCCCAGGAACAUUCUUGGAGAGAGAUCCAGAAAUUCCUCAGACACCACCUCACUCCUUCCAGGAGCAAACUCUGAAGAAGAAGAUUCUGAUGGGAAGAGAAGACCCUUAGAAUGGAAGAGGAUGGUAGAAAAGAUAAAUUCAUAAAGUGACACUCCAUAGUCACUGAUAGACCAUUUUCUAUUUCUCCUUUCCCUUUGAAUGUACCUUAUCCAACUUCUUUCAUUCAAUUUGCUCACAAAAAUUUUAAUUGUUUCCCUCCUUCCCUUCCAAAUCAUCUUCAUUCUGAAAGUAUUUUAACUGUACUGAACAUCCACUUUUCCUUUUCCAGAGCUGAUCUGUAACACAAUCAAGAACAGAGUGGGAAGUCUGGAAGUCUGCAGAUAUGAGGAUAUGUCAUGGGAUGUAUUUGCAACUUUUGCAAAUGCUUAAUUGCAUCUAAAUAUAUGAUGAGAUGAUCUUUUACAGUUUCUUUAUUCCUCUUAAGAUUUUUCUUGACUUUUUAUUUCAUUCCCUUGCCUUUUUUGGCACUUUCUUUAUGCUACUACUUCCCCAUAAGCAGCUUUCUCUACUUCCUCUGCCUCACUAGCACAAGACAAAGGAUUGUCAUAUUCCUUGUUAUUCAGAAUCCUUUUUUUGUCAAUCAUUCUUCCUUCAUCACUUACAAACAUUUCCUCUUGACCUCCACACCAUCCACUUAUAGUACCAUCUGUACAUUAUCAUUAGCAUUGCCAAAAGAACUCCAUAACAGUCUUAUAAUUAUCUUCAUUGAUGAUUUCAGCAAGAUUUAGAAUUUUGAGUCUUUUCUUGGGAAAUCUUAAUUUUCAUUCCAUUUUUUCUGUUCCAUCACAUCUACUUUGUGUCUUCACAAACUUGAAUCUUUUUACUAUUUUCUAUUCUCCAACUCCACCAGCCCACUUCUAUCUUUGUCUCCUUGCCUGUUCUGGAUAUACCUCCAUGUAAUACCCUGUCUUUCUUGCCCCUUUGACUCUCUCACUUGUCUUCUAUGUCAGUCCCCGAUUCCAAGACAAUAUACAUUUUUGGGCUACAUCUUCCACUUUUUUCUUUGCUCUUAUAUUUUCAAGUAUUGCUAAACAAUGUUAAGAAAGCAUGCUGACUGGAUUGGAUCUCCUACAAAUUCAUACCUUCUAGGUUCCACUGGGCUCUCAUUCUUCUUGCUCACCAAUCCUUUCAUCUUUCUUCAGGUAUCUAUCGAAAUUCUCAGAAUUGUUUUUCAGGCCCUCUCUCAUCUUUUCGAAGCCUAUUACACUGGCCUGUGUACUCUCACUUGAUGCCCUUACUUAAUAUUUGAUUAAAAGGAUGAAAGUUAUCCAAGGUGAGCUCUUUGAAGUUCUCUCUUCUUGGCCUUUAAAUUUAUAUUUUUCACCUGUUCUCCUCUUUUCAAUUCACUCAAGGGUAAAAAGGUCUUUCCUUGGACCUCAGUUUCUGAUCUGUCACAUGAAAAGGUAGGACUUCAUGGCCCUUGAACUACCUUCUAGCUCUAGAAUUAAUGGUUUUAUAACCUUGUGGCCUUUUUUGCCAAGUUGCCUUAUCUUCCUUCUUCUUGUGGUCUCAUUUUUGCUUGUAUUAAUCUAGAAUGUUAUUCCCUAAAUUAAACUAUUUUAUUUUCAGCUUGUUCUUUCUAAGCGCUUUUCCUUCUGCCUACAAACUUGAGCCUCUCCUAUCUUUUCAAAUCCUUUUUAAAAUCCUAUCUUUUCAAAUCCUUUUUAAAAAUUUUGACAUCACUCUAAAGUUAGUCUCACUUCUGUCUUCCUUCACUGUCUAACUUUAAAGAGUAGUCUACACCAAUGUGCUACCUGUACCUCAUCAUGAGCCAUUAUUCUUCAACCCCUUGUGACAGGGCUUCUAUUCCUAUCAGUUGACUGAAACUCUUGUCUCAAAGGACCAGUGAUCUUAAUCAGCAAAUCUGAUGACUUUGAUAGUGUUGGCUGUCAAUGCCUGUAUUUAUCUAUUGUCUCUGUCUCUGUCUAUAUGUGUUUAUGCAUAUUAUGUUCAAAUUAAAUACAAUAGCUAGCAUUUACAUAGUUCUUGAAAGUGUGCAAAGUGCUUUACAGAUAUCUCACUUUAUUCUCACAAAAGCCUUGGGAAAUAGGUGCUUUUAUUAUCCUCAUUUUGGAGAUGAGAAAACUGAGGUCUAUAGAUUCACAUAGUAAGAUUUGAACUCAGGUCUUUAUGACUCUUCUCAUUUUCAGAAUAUCCUACUCUUUUUUUUUCCUUGAACAAUCUUUCGCAUCUCUACUUAUCAAAUACCUACUCAUCUUUUAGGGAUGCAAUUCUUAAAUGCCAUGCCUUCCAUGAAAAGUUGCUGAUUCCCUCCUUUAUAUUCCCUGAGUAUUUUCCUUUGACUCUAUUAUGACAUUAAUCAUAAACUCAUGUACUAUUUCUCCUGGUAAAUGCAUGAAACCGGAGACUUUGUCUUAUAGUUCUUUGUGUCACCUAUUCUCUAGUACAGAGUUGAUAAUUUGAUAAAUAUUUUUUGAUUAAAGAAUAAAUGAAAUUGCAACGCGAUUAUAAUGUGACAUGUUAACCCUUAUUUCUUUUAAAUUCAGUAGUAAUUUUACAUUUUAAAUUAAGUAUUAAUUAUUUCAUGAAGAAAUUUGUACAUCAUGUUCAACAGAUGACCAAUAAAUGAAAAAAAAAAACUGGGAAAAUUUCUGUUUUCAUCUACGAAUGUGACAAAUAUUUUACCUCUGCUCAUUGUUGUUAUAGCAUAGCUUUUCGGCUUUGGUAUAUUUGGAGCAUGAGUAAUUACAGCUUAUAACUUCUGCAUGUUAGAAGAGGUCCUGAAAUCUGAAAUCUGAUUCUUGGAGUCAGAAAAUCAGAAAAUCACAUAAUGUCAGCAUUGGUUGGAAUCUCAGUGGUACUGAGUAGCAUCCAGCCUUUUCAUGAAGACCUUCAAUAAAGAGGAAUCAAAGCCUCCCAAAGAGCCCAUUCCACUUUUGGAAAGCUGUAAUGGUUAGAAAGGCCUUCCAAAUCUCAAUCUCAGGUUAAUUUUUCUUUAAUCUCCAUCCCAUUAUUCUUAAUUUUACCCUCUGGGGCCAAGUGGAACAAGUCUAAUUAAUCUCUCUUCCAUGUGACAACUUUUUAAAUACUUGAACACAAUUAUCAUAUUCUGUAGGAAUCUUUUCUUCUUCAUCCUAAACAUCUCUAAUUCCUUCAACCAGUCUUCAUAGGGCAUGAAUUUGUGUUGACUGCUAAAUCAUACUGGAUGGCAGUGGUAAAUGAAUAGAGGGAAACUAUGGGAACUCUUCAGCCUGGACUUCU